UCACACACAGCGCAGUCCCCUACACACACGGAGCCAUGCCCAACAACGAGAGACCGAUAGCGCGAGUGGUCCGCCAGAAGAUAACUUCAAAGUUGGCUUCGAUAUGAGCCCGCGAGCCGAGCAAAAGGGGAAGACACUGAGUGAUGAUUUAAUUUGGAAAACAAGCUGUGUUUGAGUGUUUGGCCGCCAGAUAUCCAGAAAAGCCACUUUUUGGAGAGCGCACCGUGAGCGAAAGCGCAACCCGGGAGCUAAAACACGGCGAGAGGAGGAGGACGAGAGGGAAACCUCACCGCGAUCAGAAACACUGACUUCUCUUUUGCGGGACGAAUGAGUUUUUGAGCACAUUGACGGUGGUGUUGUGACUGAGAGGGGGGACUGUUACAGAUCGUGGCACCGCUUUCUCGGAAGACGCGCGUCAAAGUUUGGAGAGCAGAGCUGCGCCAUUAGAAAAAGAAGAAAAAAACCCUGGUAACAAUUUAUUGCUAUUGUCAAGAACUUUACUCGUCCCGUCCACUUUCCGGUUAUCGAUGUCCAAGUCAAACCGCAGCUACUUUACCGGAAACGUGUCCAUCAAGAGAAAACUUUAAAGCCAUCUCAGAGACUGUAAACAUCGCUUCACUUGGGUCCAAUUCAGAAGGAGGUGCGUGUUCAGCUUCAGCAAACAAAAAAAAAAAGUUACCGAGAGAGAGAAAGCACGAGAACUGAGCCAAGAUCUCGAGACAGACUUUAUGAGAAGACUGCUCUCUGAAGUUGUGAGGUAAACGUGGGAUCAUAAAGGUCACAGUGAUGAAGAUGAGAGAUACUCGGAGAAGAAACGCGGCGGUGAAUCCUCAGCACUUGUGAGUCAGUGCGCUUCGUGAAAGGAGGGGGGAAAAGGAGCUUGGCGUUGAAGACCCCCCCGUGAGCCGGGCAUAACAAGAGAUUUGGUGUGUUGUGUUGUGUUGUUGGGGGAGGCUGGAUAGUAAAGAGAAAAGAGACGGAUAAAGUCUGAGAGUGAAGCGGCUAAUUGCUUAGUCCGUCCCUCAUUACCAUAUCCAAUGCGCGUCCGCUGGACUUCAGCCAAUCCUCCCCACCUUCACACGGUGCCAUUAAUCGCGAGGCAUUAUUCACUAUCGUAAUUAUUAUACCGACAUGCGCAAUCCAACGCACAGCAACAGCAGCGGCGGCAGCAACACCGGCUAAUUUCAGAUAUUUUUUUUACUCUUCUCUUCUCCCCCCUCUCUCCGCUACCAGACUAUUUGCGAACUUUUUUUGUGUGUUGAUUCAUUCGCUCUUCGCUGAUGUAUCUGCAAAACGCAGAGACAUCACGGAGCGCAAAAGCAGCAGCACCGCCAGCACUGACGCCAGCAGCAUGUCCCGACGCAAGCAAGCCAAGCCGCAGCACCUCAAGUCGGACGAGGAUCCCGCAAUAGCCGGGGUGAUCUCCGAGCACGCCCGAGGUGAAGUGCUGGAUGAUGCCGACAGUGGGAACGAGAGCCGCAGCGGCAGUGAAGAGACGCAUGUAUGUGAGAAGUGUUGCGCUGAGUUCUUCAAGUGGUCAGACUUCUGUGAACAUUUAAAGAGUUGCACCAAAAACCCCCUGGUGCUCAUAGUGAAUGACAAUGAGAACACACCUAACCCCUCCCAAGAGUACCCCACAGAGCUCUCCCCUGUACCCAGCUGCCCUAGCGAGCAGGCUGACAGCGAGGACCCCAGGGAGGGCAACCACAGUCCUGCUGGUGAGGGGGAUGACAUCCCAGAGACAGCAACCUUAAAUGGGGUCAAUGUCCUAGAAAAGGAGGACGAGCAGAUGGAGCUAGAGCUUUCACCAGAAAAAAAUAUGGAUCCUGAAGAGAGAGAUGUGACAUCCCCUGAGCCAGACGGCUCCCUACCUCAGCUCAAUGAUGUCGUCCCUUCCACUGUGACAAGCUACGCCAUGCCAAGCACCAAUGUUACCUUGGAGACCCUGCAUGGCACCCGGGUUGCAGUUGCUCAGUUUUCACAGAGCGUAAGGGCGGCAGCGGGCAGUGGGGUUUCCACCAUGGCUAUUCCCAUGAUCCUGGACCAGCUGAUGGCCCUCCAGCAACAGCAGAUACACCAGCUGCAGCUGAUAGAACAAAUACGCAGUCAGGUGGCUCUGAUGAACAGACAGUCUGCCUCACAGCCUGCUCUAAACCACCUUCACAGCAAUGCUGCUGGAAACCAGGGGCCUGUAUCCUCCUGUGCCCCUCCUGUCGCAAGUCAGCUUCAACUACACAACUUCAUCACUCCCCCUGUCCAUCAGCUGCCUGUUAGGUUGCCAGCCACUCUCAGCGGUCAAGGCCCUUCACCCCUGACCUCAGCGAUAGAAGGGCCUCUCUCGCAAACACCACAAAGUAGCAGUCAGCAGUCUAACCCUUCAAUACCCAACACAUCCUCAAAUAACUCGGUGUUUCCCUCGCCCAGUGGUACUGGAUUGUCAUCUCUACUUCCCUCCUGCUCAUCCUCAGUCACAAACAACAAUAUUAGCACUAGUAGUAGUGUAACAGGAGGUGGUGGCAUCAGCAGCAGCUCAGCUCUUCCCAGGAACUCCACCACCCCUCCCUCGCUCAGCCACAGCGGCCUCCUGAGCUCUGCCUCCAGUUUACCGCUGAUACCUCACAGCUCAUCCAGCAGCGUUAUCUUCCCGAACCCACUGGCAAGCAUAGCAGCCACAGCCAAUGCGCUCGACCCCCUCUCUGCUCUGAUGAAGCACCGCAAGGGGAAGCCCCCGAAUGUGUCUGUGUUUGACACUAAGCCCAGCUCCGAGGACCCCUUCUUCAAGCAUAAGUGUCGCUUCUGUGCCAAGGUGUUUGGCAGUGACAGCGCCCUACAAAUCCACCUGCGUUCACACACUGGAGAGAGGCCCUACAAAUGCAACAUAUGUGGCAACCGUUUCUCUACCAAGGGAAAUCUGAAAGUCCACUUCCAGAGGCACAAAGAGAAAUACCCACAUAUUCAGAUGAAUCCCUACCCUGUGCCAGAGUACCUGGACAAUGUGCCCACAAGCUCGGGCAUUCCAUAUGGAAUGUCAUUGCCCCCAGAAAAACCUGUAACCACAUGGCUAGACAGCAAACCUGUCCUCCCCACAGUUCCCACCUCAGUCGGGCUCCAGCUGCCUCCCACGCUGCCGAGUAUGAUGGGUGGUUUUGGCGAGUCUCCAAGCCUCACACCGCUUAACAGGUCACCUCAGAGGCCGUCUCCACCAUCAAGCGAGUGUGCAUCUUUGUCCCCUAAUAUCGUUAUUGACUCUGGCAUGACCACUACUUCACCCUCCCCAAAACCCAGUCUAGGGAGUGAUGCACCUCCUCUCUUGAAACCUGAAGGUGUUCUCCUGCCCCCAAGCUGUUCCACUAGGCCAGGAGAGAACACCACCACCACAACUACACUAACUCAAGUGGUCCUUUCGUCUACCGUCACCUCAACCACAUCGUCCAGCAGUGGCCAGGUCACUGAACCCAUCACUAGCCCGAGCUCUGUCUCAAACUCUGUCUCCCAUCCUGUCCUUCCAAUGCUCUCAGACCAGUUCAAGGCCAAGUUUCCAUUUGGGGGCCUCCUAGACUCUAUGCAAACCUCAGAGACAUCAAAGUUGCAGCAGCUUGUCGAGAACAUUGACAAGAAGAUGACAGAUCCAAACCAGUGUGUGAUCUGUCAUCGUGUUCUGAGCUGCCAGAGUGCUCUCAAGAUGCACUACCGUAUCCACACUGGUGAGAGGCCUUUUAAAUGCAAGAUAUGUGGGCGGGCAUUCACCACCAAGGGAAACCUGAAAACACACUUUGGUGUCCAUAGAUCCAAACCCCCGCUUCGGGUCCAGCACUCCUGCCCUAUAUGUCAGAAGAAGUUCACCAAUGCCGUCGUGCUGCAGCAACACAUCCGUAUGCACAUGGGAGGACAGAUCCCCAACACCCCGGUCCCUGAGAGCCUGCAGGAGAUGGACACUGACCUCUCCUUUGAUGAGAAGAGCUUAGACGCGAUGAGUAAUUACGAUGAUGACCUUCUGGAUGAAAUGGAGCAAGCUAUGGAAGAUGACACUGACUUGAAGGAGGGAGAAGUAGACCCAUGUAAACCUUAUUCACCUGGGAGCUCCCCACCAACUUCCAUCAUCUCCAGCAUUGCUGCAAUGGAGAACCAGAUGAAGAUGAUAGACUCCACUGCCAACAUGACCCGUUCAUUUGGUCAAAAGCCCAUGCAGAAUGGCAUCAGCUUUGGAGGAGAGACUGAUUGCUUUGCCGCUGACUCCCUGUCUGCAGCGGGGGAUGCUGAAGGUCAAAGCAUGGGGAGCCCGGCUUUGUCUGAGUCCUCUGGCUCUAUGCAGCAUUUGUCCCCAGCUCACAGCCAUUCUGAGAGCCAGCGAUCCAAGUCCCCAGCUACAUUCACCAAUAAUAACAACAGCAGUGCCAUGACAGCAGACGAGGGCCAGGAGAACAAUGCAUCUGGCUUGGCAACAGUGAAGUCGGAAAAAUCAGAGACCCCAUCUCCGCUUUCUGCAACUGAAGGCACCGGGGCCCUUGACCUGACUGCCACUCAACCUGGCAGGCACUUUAUCAAGGAGGAGAGCCACUUCAGCAUGCUGUUUCUAAACAGAGAUCGAGGGCUGAGCACUCCUAAUUUGGCCAGCACUGCAUCAAACAUGAUCAAAAUGGAAAUGAAUGGCCACGGCAAGUCGGUGUCUCUGAGCGACAGCUCUCACCUGCCUGUGGGCAUCCAGGUUCCUGCUGCAGCACCCCAGACCACCAUGAGCCCCAGCAUCAAUCCCAUGCUGGCUCCCCCGCCUCCACGACGCACCCCUAAGCAGCACAACUGCCACUCGUGUGGGAAGAAUUUUUCCUCAGCCAGUGCUCUGCAAAUCCACGAGCGCACACACACCGGGGAAAAGCCUUUCGCCUGUUCUAUUUGUGGAAGGGCUUUCACCACUAAGGGCAACCUGAAGGUACACAUGGGAACACACAUGUGGAACAACGCUCCAGCCCGAAGGGGUCGGCGACUGUCUGUGGAGAAUCCCAUGGCCCUGCUGGGCGGGGAUGCCAUGAAGUUCAGCGAGAUGUUCCAGAAGGAUCUGGCGGCUCGGGCCAUGAACGUCGACCCGGGCUUCUGGAACCAGUACGCAGCAGCCAUCACCAACGGGCUGGCCAUGAAAAACAAUGAGAUCUCUGUGAUCCAGAAUGGAGGCAUCACCCAGCUGCCCGUCAGCCUCGGCGGUGCAGGAAUCACUUCACUGGGACCCAUGCCGGGAGGACUGGACCGUGUUCACACCGGCAGCAGCCCUCCCAUGACGGGUAUGGAGAAGGCUGGUCUGGAGGUCGGGGCCAACCGCCCCUUCUCCAGAUUUAUGGAGGAGAACAAAGAGAUUGGGAUCAAUUAAAAAGACUUUUCUGUAUUAUUCCAAGGUAGGCAUUUGGCAAAGACUAAGAGUCUAACAAGGAGAGAAACUGCUGAUCCAGUCUGAACUCAUGCGUACUAUAUUAUGUACAGAUUAAAUAUUUUUUGUUUGGUUUUGGAAAUAUAGUAUUUAGUAUUGAUUAGAGGUCUUUGCCUUUCACCCAUUCCCUCCUCACUUGAUAUUUCGCCUAUACGAAGAAUACUUUGUCUCUUGUUUGAGAAUAUGUCGUCUUGCAAGAUUUGCAUGGUACUUAUUGGUUUUUAUCAGUAUGUUUGACUGCUUUUAUGACUUCCUUUGAAAACCAGGAUCCUGCCUCAUUUAUGAUGGGCAAGCAUCUUAUCCGGACAGGACUGAAACUGAAAAGAGAUUUGUUUAAAGACAGUCUGGCCUUUGUGUGGCAACCGUGUUUAUGAUGGCUCUUUUGAAUAUAAAAGGGUCACGGAUAGACUGAAGAAAAGACUGAAGUAUAGUGUUUCUGUGCUCGCCUGAUAUUUUUUUUUUCUCAUGAACUAGAAAACUUGAAAAAAAUAAUGUUUGAACUAUUUUAAUCUUUACAUUUAGUCUCCCAGCAUUGUCUUAUAAUAUUGUCCUGUGUCUUUAGUAUUUAUGAUAUUGACAAAAAAGCGGGUAUACAAAAAUAUAUUUAAUGGCCCAAGCAUUUUAUUGAUCCAUUUCUUUUCUAAACUGCAGGCUUCACUGAUGAAUAUCUCUUUCAAUAAAGACAGUAUGUCAUUUGAGUUGAACAACAGAGAAAAUGGUAGGUUUUAUUUGGAUAUCUGUUGAGACUAUGUGUAUCUCGUUACAUUGUAAAGAGGCUAGAGGUAUCCGAAGCUGCUAUGACCACAACCCUGCUUUUAACCUUUGUAAAAAGAAAAAAGAAGUGAUCCUUUUGAAGAAAUAUCUAUGUAUAGAAAUACAGACAAAUCUAAAACAGGUAUGCAUAUUUUGUAUCACAUAAAAAUAGACAUCAUGAGUUGAGAGUAUUUGUCAUGUUUGUGAAUGCACUUUUUAAAAACAAGACGUUUUGUCUGUGAGUUACCGUUAACCUUUUGACUGAGCUAUCUAUCACGUGCUGUUUUCAUUGUUUCCAGCGUACCACUCCUACAAUUUGCAGAGUCGGUUCUCUGUUAUUGCAUCUGUGCUACUCGUCAGAGUGCAAACUCAUCACUCAAUCAAAACCUUCUUGAAUAAAAAAAAGAG